AUGGAUAUAGGGGCAUUGUGUGUUUCAGUAUUGUCAGAUGAUGGCGCUCUCGAUCGGAGCAUUUAUUUCAGAUCGAAUUCGAACGAUUUUUCAUUGUCUCGCAUUUCUUAUUUCACGAUAAAUCUUGGGACACCAAAUUUUCAACUUGUUGCUAAGAAAACUUACCAAAGAACUGUCUUCAAACUUGAAACUGAAACGACUUCUAAACGACUUCUUAUCACUGAAUCCAUCCUGCACACUGGUCUAUUUUUCUGGUCUCCAAUAAUUUUUACUUGUAUAAGUUUAUUCGGUUUAUUACGUUUUUCGGAAGAAAAUCGAAUUUGGUAUUUAUAUAGUCCAUCAAAUGCUCCAUCUCAUUACGAACAUGCAGUUGCAAAUGAGUUUUUUGAAGAAAGGGGUGGCAAAUUCUUACUCGAGUUAUCACUCGCAAAAUUAGAAAUGAACCCGUCCGAAAAAUGUGUUAAAUUGUUUCUUUCAAAUAUCUAA